GUGUUCACCGAAAAUGGAAAGAAGGUCUAUCAAACUUACAACGAGCAGCCAGUUACAAUGCAAUUAGGAGUCGGUAUGGCUAUGCCUGGCUUGGACAAGGGUUUAAAAGGCAUGUGUGCCGAAGAACUAAGGAAGCUCCAAGUGCCCUAUCGGCUCAGCAGGAAAGCGAAGAGCAAAGUAUGGAAGAACAUUCCAAACGAUGAACACUGGUUGACAUUCAAUUUGGAAAUGCUUAAUGUCGAGCCAUAUUCGCACAGUCGACAGUUCAAGUUUAUGGAUGUUGAGGGCAAAGGAAAGCUCACUCAGGCGGGGGUAUGUGGAAUUCAACGUUGUUGA